AUGGUCCCCACGUCGCCAGACCUGGACUCUGCGUCCAAGAAACGUAUCAGAAUCGCCUGCGACACCUGCCGGCGAAAGAAAAUCAAGUGCAACGGCCAACUGCCCUGUGCAAACUGUAUCCAAGUAGGGGAAGCCAAUUGUCAUUACGAAGAACGUCCCGUGAAGAAGAAGACUACUGGCGAUAACAAGAAGUCGCUGCGCCUGAACGGUAGCUCCCGCGAGCUCCACCUCAUUAACAGCAGGCUUGCGGGCUUGGAGGGCGUCUUGACCACCUUGAUGUCCCGUUUGGACACCCUUGCUGGAAUCAAGCCAAACUCCCAAAAAAUCGAUUUCACCCCAGGUGCCUCCUACGCCAACGACGAGACUGAUGACGAAGACAACGAAAACGACAACGAAAACGACGAAGACGACGACGAUGAUGACAGCUCUGCUGACGAUAACGUCCACAUCAAGGUGGAAAAGAAUGGCCAUUCGGUACCAAAGGAGCCCAAGGAGCAUGCCCAGGCCAAGAGCAUAUUGCACUCGAAGUCGGUGGAGCAGUACUUCGGCACCCAUUCCAUCAUGUGUAUUUUUUCCAACAAGUCCUUGGACUGGAUUGAACAAACCUUGGGCCCUGAGGGCUACAGUUUGACGUUGCCCAUCAAAAACAUUCCGCUUGCCUUCAUCGAAAAGCUCAAGAAAUAUUUGCUCAAGUGGAUCGACCCUCCCUUGGUCGAUCACAAGGGCCGCAAGAGGCUUAUCGAGUCCCCUUUCCCUGCCGACAGUAAGAUUGUGUUUGAUUUCCUAGACACCUACUAUUUCGAUAUUCCCAUGAUCACGUUGGCAGCCGAAGGGCACACCAUCAGGCAUUUGUUUGAAGAGUACUACAAGAAGUUCGAUCCAGAAACAAAAGUCAAGAGAAAGUUCAAGUACUCCGAGUACUUGAUGAUGACCACGGCGUUGAUGAUCUGCAUAAGCACCAAGCUAGACCAGGAUGUUACUGAAGAAUCUUUGGCCUGCAACGUAUCCAAGGAUAAAAAGUUGGAUCCAAAUAGUGCCGUCAACAGCAUCAGCUAUUCUGCAUUGCUCCAGCUCCAGAACACAUUUUUCGACAACGCUAUCUACUACUACCAUAGAAUAUCGGUUAUGCGUGAUGGUCUCGAGACCAUCGGAGCCAUCUUGCUGCUUGUUAUAUUCAUUGAAGGUAACUUCUUGACCAGUCAUGUUAACUACACUUUGAUAGCAGUUGCCGUGAGAUAUGCUCAAGAAAUGGGGAUACAUAGAGCCGAAACUCUCGAGAAUUUAAGCUUCGAUGAACAAGAAAGAAGAAGAAAAUUAUGGUGGUUGUGUCAGUACUACGACAUGGAAAUCUGCUUUCGUUCUGGAAAACCACCUUUGAUUAAUAUUGCGGACGUCACCACGAACAGUACUGAAGAUUUCAAGACUCUUGCCCAAUUAUGGGCCAAACACGGUGUAAAUCCUGAGUGCAGUGAAAUGUUGGGUGGAGUUGAUCUUGGAACAAAUAUCCAUUUGGCCGCUGUUAGCAAAUUAGAUGACCCACAUUUGUUCUACUACAUUUACUUAUUGUUGCUCACAAAGCUCAGAUCUAAGUCUUACCACUGGUUGUUCCUGGCCAAUGCCCAAAAUGAUUCGUACGAAACUUUGGCUCAUAAGUUAAACAGCUUGAAUGAGGAAAUGUAUGAGAUGGGAGCAUCCAUGAGAGAAGAAGAAAGACCUCGCUUCUAUAAUGACCCAGGCUUUAGGCUCAUGUCCAGCGACAUGAGCAUAGCUAGAAGAGAAACGGUUCUUUCGGUUCAAUUAUCAUACUUCUUGCAUUUGAUGUUGAUGAACAGACUCGCUUUCAUAGUUGGUACCGAUGGCUUUGAUAAAGUGCGUGAACAGAGUAAUCAGUUCCGUAACAUUUCCCUCAACGCAGCAAGAACCAUUUUGAUCUUGGUUAGACAAAUCAACAGAAAAAACACUGCCGCCUCAUACUUCAAGUGGAUUAUCUUUUACCCGGUUUGUGCAUUUUUGAAUAUUAGUGCUGCGUUGCUUAACCACCCCGAUUCUCCAGAGUCUUAUAAUGAUCUUCAGUUGUUGAUUGAUAGUUCGAUGAACUUCUUUGGUGCCAGCACCAACUGGUUCAUUCUCGAGAGGGACCACCCCGACCUUUACUCACAAAAGGAUGCUAUCUUAAUGCUUUUGAUCAAAUUGAUUUUGAGAAUUGUCAUACGAUCCUACGAGAUUAAAAUGAAUGUUGACAUUGUGGGUAAUUAUGAAGGAUUGCGUGAACACAUCGAUGAAGUCAAAACUGCCUUCCCAAUUGUGUUCCAGGAACAUGUGAGUGCAGAGAAGCCAAGUAUGGUGUUGGGAGCAUCUCCCUUUUCUAGUAGAAAUCUGGCUGUCACCCCAGGCUCCCGCAGUGAUCCAGGCAGUACUGGAUCUACUGCUCAAUCACCAAGUUUCAACCCUUCUCUUUCCAACAUUUUGCAUCCAACACAAGAUGUUGGCAAUUCCUCGGGGCAACUUAACGGCACAGGGGAGCAACCAAAUGCUUCCCAAAACGGUCCUUACCACGCAGGUAGUGUUGAGGGAGUUCCUGCCAAUUCGUGGGCAUAUCCGUACUCACACACCAGCAACAGUACGCCAAAAUCGAUUAAUCCUCUUCAACAAAUGAACCAGUCGACAUGGAAUGGCACUUCCAAUGGAAACGCCUUCGCCGGACAGGAAGAUAGUAAUGGCCGUGUUCGCCAUCCUUCGGGUUCCAACACCUCCACCGCAUCGAAUGGCUCUAAUCCCGACAUUUACGGCGAUUAUUUGAACGAUGAUGCGUUGACCCUGAUAUUCUUUUCCCAAAUGGAUACUCUUCCAAACUUUUUCUUUGAUAACAACCUUGGAGUGCAACAGUAA